AUGGGACGAGUUGUUUCGCUUAGCUUGUGCUCUGGUGGGGAGUGCUUCAUCUCCGGUUCUCUUGAUCGAACUGUUUUGCUUUGGGAUCAAAGGGUCGAGAAAUGCCAGGGUCUCUUACGAGUCCAAGGAAGGCCUGCUGCAGCUUAUGAUGAUCAAGGGUUAGUUUUUGCAAUUGCCUUUGGUGGCUACAUAAGAAUGUUUGAUACCCGUAUGUACGAAAAGGGUCCUUUUGAAAUAUUUUCCGUUGGUGGUGAUCUUUCUGAGGCAAACGUUGUGAAAUUUAGUAAUGAUGGAAGGCUCAUGCUUCUCACAACCAUGGAUGGUUAUAUUCAUGUGCUUGACUCGUUUCGUGGAACACUUGGUCUCUUACGAGUCCAAGGAAGGCCUGCUGCAGCUUAUGAUGAUCAAGGGUUAGUUUUUGCAAUUGCCUUUGGUGGCUACAUAAGAAUGUUUGAUACCCGUAUGUACGAAAAGGGUCCUUUUGAAAUAUUUUCCGUUGGUGGUGAUCUUUCUGAGGCAAACGUUGUGAAAUUUAGUAAUGAUGGAAGGCUCAUGCUUCUCACAACCAUGGAUGGUUAUAUUCAUGUGCUUGACUCUGUGAAACCAGUAGCUGAAGCAUCGACAUUGGAUGCAACCUUCAGUCCUGAAGGGAUGUUUGUUGUUUCUGGUUCAGGGGAUGGUAGUACCCAUGCAUGGGGUGUAAGGAGCGGAAAACAGGUACAUAGUUGGAUGGGUAUAGGCAGUGGUGAUCCCCCAGUCAUAAAAUGGGCACCGGGAAGUCCAAUGUUUGUGACAGGCUCGUCGGAGCUUUCAUUUGUAAUCCCGGACUUGUCAAAAUUGCCAGCUUACUCCAUAAGGAAAUAG